GGCCAUUUGUUGCUGGGUUCGGGAGCGAGCGCAGACUCCCAAGUCUUGAACCACCCAAAAAUGAGUGCAGCAAAAAAAGCAAAAAGAGAUAGUGGAAGAUCAUUCCAAGAGGCCUGGACAGAGUCAUUUGGAGUGAUUGAACACAAUGGGAAAGCGUUAUGCGUUCUGUGUAAUGAAAGUGUUGUAUGUCGCACAUCAAGUGUCAGACGGCACUUAGACACCAACCACAAAAGUGUUGCCAAACUUGGUGAAACUGAAAGAAGAGAGUUUCUUGAAGGGAAAUUGAGGAAAUAUUCCCAGGAUCUUAGUUUUUGCGACGAUCUUUCUAGAACGAACCACCUGACAGCUGACAGUUUUCAAAUUUCACACUGCGUAGCAAAACAUGGCAAGCCCCUCUCUGAUGGGGAUAUUAUCAAAAUGGCCAUGUUGUCUGGAAGUAAUGCCCUUUUUCAUGAUUUCCCAAACAAGGAUAAAAUUAUUCGACGCAUCUCUGAGACGCCACUUAGCAGAAAGACUGUGAAGGAUCGAGUCCAGCGCAUGGCAAGUGAUGUUGGUCAGCAGCUCACCACUGACCUACAACAGGCAGCUUGUUACUCCAUGUGCUUGGAUGAAAGCCCAGAUGUAAAUAAUCAUGCAAGGCUAGCAGUAAUUCUGCGUUAUGCUGUUGGUGACAAAAUGAGAGAAGAGCUGGUGAAACUGGUGUCUUUGCCUGAAAGGACACAAGGGAUCGAGAUCUACAAUGCUGUGAUGGAGGCUUUUUUGUCACACGACAUAAGGCCAGAAAAAGUGGUUUCCAUUACUAGUGAUGGGUCACCACCUAUGGUGGGGGCAACAUCUGGUUUCAUACAGUUCUUUGUUAAAGAAACAAAACAUGAAGUCAUUCAGUUCCACUGUAUUAUACAUCAAGAAGCUCUUUGUACCAAGGAAAACAGCAAAAAAUUUGACAAUAUCCUUAAAGAUGUCACAAAAAUGGUGAAUUACAUCAUGGCUCGUGCUCUGAAUUUUCAGCGGUUUCAAGCACUUAUUGAGGGGGUUCAGGCACAGAAUAAUUGUUUACCUAUGUACAAUAAUGUCCGGGGGCUGAGCAGAGGACGAGUCCUGGAGAGAUUUGUAGCCUGCUUGGAUGAAAUUAGGCUGUUCAUGAAUGAAAAAGGGCAGGAAUAUCCACAGCUCACUGAUAUAGCCUGGCUUACCAACCUCAUGUUUUUUACUGAUUUUACACUACACUUCAAUGUGCUGAACAAACAACUACAACGUGUAGGGAAAACAGCAGAAAGGAUGUUUUGUGAUAUCAAAACGUUUGAGAGAAAACUGCAGGUUUUUGAAAGAGACCUCGAAAGUGGGCAGCUGAAAUAUUUUCCAAACCUAAAAAGGCAUUUAGAAAAUUCUACAACAUUUGGAGAUAAUCCUACAAGCCAUCAGGAAAUCUACAAGGAAUUUUCUAGCAUCAUAGCAGCUGCAAAGGUGAAUUUUAGUAACAGGUUUUUACAGUUCCGUAAGAUGGAGACAACCCUGGCUUUUCUUACUUCUCCAGAUAAAGCCAAAUUUGAAGAACUCGAUCUUUCCUGCUUACACUGGUUAGAUUUAGGGAAUCUGGAAAUGGAGCUAUUGGAAUUUCAAGAAAGCUCUAUCUGGAAAAAUAAAUUCUAUGACCUGCGUGAAACACUUGAGAAGAUAGAAAGGAUGACAAAGGACAGCACAGUUAGUUCUGACACGGUUGCCGGUACUUCUGAAAAUGAAAUCCUUAAAGUGUGGAAUUCUUUGCCAAAUAAUUUUAAGUCAAUGAAAGCGCUUGGGAUUGCUUUCCUGACUUUGUUUGGUUCAUCUUACGCUUGUGAGCAGCUGUUUGACACCAAAAUGAAAUCUUUAAAGUGUGGAAUUCUCUGCCAAAUAAUUUUAAGUCAAUGAAAGCGCUUGGGAUUGCUUUCCUGACUUUGUUUGGCUCAUCUUAUGCUUGUGAGCAGCUGUUUGACACCAGAAAAAUGACUUUGAGUGCUGCAUGUCUUGCUCUCAAACUUACAAUGUAUGCACCAAGGUUAGACAAAUUAUCAGCAUGCAUACAACAGGAAAAAUCACAUUAAUUGUUCAAAAGCAAACUUUUACCUUUCAAUAAAAAGUUGUUUGUAUCAUUUGAAA